GCCCGUGACGUCUAUGGUCAAAGGUCAUCGUUCACUGGGUCAAAAAUAGUUCACCGGCAAAAGAAACCCAGAGACCAUGAAGAGAACCUGGACUGACCUGGGCAGCUGAAGCCCUCCCAUGUCGUUCCGGACAGCCCAGCGCCAUGGCUACGCAGUGGAGUUCUCCCCUUACUACCCCCAGCUGCUGGCCUGUGCCACCUGUCAGUACUACGGCAUAGCAGGAAGUGGUUCCCUGUUCCUACUGGAGUCCCUGCCCCAGGGGGUCCGGCCGGUGCAGAAGUUUGACUGGAAUGACGGACUGUUCGACGUGACAUGGAGCGAGAACAACGAACACGUUCUGGUGACAGCCUCCGGCGAUGGCUCCAUACAGAUCUGGGACACAGCGCAGCCGCAGGGCCCAAUCAAAUCUCUCCGUGAGCACACUAAGGAGGUGUACGGCGUGGAUUGGAGCCUCACCCGCGGCGAGCAGUUCAUUCUCAGCGCGUCGUGGGACCAGUCGGUGAAACUAUGGGACCCCGCGGGGAACAAGUCAAUAGCAACGUUUCUCGGCCACCAACACGUCGUGUACAGUGCCAUUUGGUCGCCACAUAUCCCAUGCUGCUUUGCUUCCACGUCAGGUGACCACACGCUGCGCGUAUGGGACACAAGGAACCCGCAGAUCUCGAAACUGGUUCUUACCGCUCACGACGCGGAAGUCCUCAGCUGUGAUUGGUGCAAAUACGACGACAAUGUCGUUGUGAGCGGCAGCGUUGACAGUACCAUUAGAGGGUGGGACAUUCGCAGACCUCAAAGCCCCAUCUUCCAGCUAGAUGGCCACAAGUAUGCAGUCAAGAGAGUCAAAUGUUACCCUUUUGAGAGGAACGUUGUCGGCUCGAGUUCCUACGAUUUUUCUGUGAAGAUUUGGGACUUCACCAGACCUCAGCCCUGUCUAGAAACAAUAGAACAUCACUCUGAGUUUGUGUAUGGUUUUGACUUCAACCUGCAUGUGCCAGGCCAGGUGGCCGACUGUUCGUGGGAUGAGUGGGUCAGGGUGUACACGCCAAAGUGUCUGGCUCCCACAUAAUUGGAAUGAUUGUAAUUGUUGCAUAUUGAUCAUUUCUAUGCACCGCAAAUUUCUUUGAAAUGAAAUCACCUGCAGUGAAAUGUCAGGUACUCAUGAUACGAAGAAUAAUUGCAAUAUAUUGUUGCAUUUUUACAUUUCCUAUAUACAUGUACUGCAAGUUCUUUUGUUACAAUUACAUGUAUCAUGAGUACUUGGUAAGAGUGAUUGAGUUUGAUCAUUUUGAUGCACCGCAAGUUUUUGUGUAACAGUUAUAUUAUUGAUAAGACAGAAUAAUUGAUAAAUUAUUUAAUUGUUAGAGUGGAGAAUAUCUGAGUGCAAGCCACAAUAAGUUAGGUGAAAUAUAGACUCAUCACUCCCUCUCUCGGCUUGGCUUCGUGAACGAAGAUCACUACAAAACAAUGUAAAACACAAUAACAUGCUUUUAUUACCAGUUUCUUCCAUAUGUACAUGUACAUCCUUCCAACCACAACAUGUAGACAAAUAUAUCCUACUUAGAAUAAUCCAGCAGUAUAAAAUAACGUAAAACUUUAGUAACCACUCCUCACAGCAACCACUUAGAGUACAUCAACUGAACCUUCAUCUCAAAAACCUUUGUCUUUGAUUUUUUUUAAACACAUGUAUAUCAUUUGUACCAGCUGAAUGAUUGUUCUAGUUCAAUUCUUAUUUCAUCACUAAGUACACAAUUAAAUGUAAUGGUUGUAUCCUAAAAUAAAAGUGAAAUUUUGCUAUAAUUAAGCCACAGAAAAUUACUUAAAGAUUUUGGUAUAUCGAUUCUGCUAUUACUAUAUUAGUGGACAGCU